UCAAGCCUUUCUCUCCUUGAAAAUUUUGAUUUCAACACCAUUCUGUUCCUUUGGAAUUGGAAACAAUGGAGUUAUCAAUCUCUCUUGAUCCCAUAAUGGGCAAGGUCGUUUCCGUUUUAGAAAACGAAGCCUCGUUGCUGGCAGAGGUUGUAGCUGAAAUCGAUGAAAUCAAGCUUGAGCUCAAGGCCAUUAGAGCUUUCCUUGAGGAUGCUGCUGACACAAGCCUAGGAGUACCCAUCUCUGAAACCGAUAAACAAAGGGUCGAAAGCGUGAGAGACAUUGCCUACCAAGUUGAAGACGUUGUCGACGAAUUCAUGUACCACUUCAACAAGCAACAACAUUGGAGGGGUAAAACCUCCAGGUUUUUCUUGAAGCUUAUUCAUUUUCCCAAGCAUCUGUUGGUCAAGCAUCGAGAAGCCCUCCAGUUACAUGACAUCAACAAGAGGAUCAAAAGCAUUGCAGAGAGAAAUCAACGAUACCGGGUUUCUUUGUCAGGAUCAAGACAAUCUGAUGAGCAAAUGAGAGGACAAUAUCAUAACAACUGGGUGAAGAAUCUGAGUGAAUCUACUCUAUUUUUUAAAGAUGAAGAUCUUGUUGGAAUCAAUAAGGCACAAACUGAGUUACUGGGAUGUCUGAUGGAUCAAGAGCUUCAAAGGACCGUGAUUUCUGUGGUCGGGAUGGGCGGUAUAGGUAAAACAACUCUCGUCGCCAACACUUUCAACAGGCAAGUUAUUAAGCAACAUUUCGAUUGUCGUGCCUGGAUCACUGUCUCACAACAAUAUGUUGUCACAGAGCCAUUCAAAUGCAUCAUCAAAGAGCUCUACGGCAAGGCAAAAGAAAAAAUGGAUCCAUUGAUCAACCUAGACUCCAUGAGUUAUCGAGAUUUGGUGGAGGCACUGGUGAACUUCUUGCAGCCAAGGAGGUAUCUAAUUGUGGUUGAUGAUGUUUGGAACACUAAUUUAUGGCAAGAUAUCAGCAUAGCACUUCCUGCCAAUAUGAAUGGAAGCCGAAUCUUGCUUACUACACGGAAGGAAGAUGUUGCAUCUUUUGAAUUUGGAGUUGUAAAGCACAUCUUUCCGCUUAAACACUUACCGUUUGAAGAGAGUAUGACCCUUUUUUGCAAGAAAGCUUUUGUUGGCAAAGGUGGACAAUGCCCACCAUAUCUUGAAUCUUCAGCAAGAAAUUUGGUUGCAAAAUGUCAAGGCUUGCCAUUAGCUAUUGUGGCCUUGGGCAGUUUGAUGGCUUCCAAAAGUUUUAUUGUUGAAUGGAAUGGAGUUUAUAACAACUAAAAUCGGGAGCUAAGCUAAAACGAUGCAUAUUUUGAAAGGCUCAAGUAUAUUUCAUUGCUUAGCUACCAUGAUUUGUCUUACACACUUAAGCAAUGUUUCCAAUACUGUUGCAUAUUCCCAGAAGAUUAUGAGAUUAAACAGAAAAGGCUCAUUAGACUUUGGAUGGCUGAAGGCUUUGUUGAACCGUUAAAAGAAACACUCCCAGAAGUUGUUGCAGAGAGAUACAUAUCUGAGUUGAUUUGCAGAGGCUUGCUUCAAGUUGAGAGCAGGAAUCCAUCAGGGAGGCCCAAAGCAUUUAAGAUGCAUGACAUUUUGCGGGAGUUUUCUGUUUCCAUAUCAAAAUCCAUAAAGUUUGUUGCCAAAUCUGAUGGGAAAGAAGAAGUGGAAGACGAUGGAAUCCGUCGUUGUUCAAUUGAAGCAAAGGGGAAUGAGAUGAAAGCUACAAGGAAGACUGCACUAUCUCGGGUUUGUUCAUUGUUUGUUUUUGCCGUCAAUGAAACCUCUAAAUCUUCCGUCAAUAGACUGCCCUCUGGUUUUAAAUUGAUGGGAGUGUUGGAUUUGGAAGACAUUCCAAUCAAGGAACUCCCAGAUGAAUUGGUGGAUUUAUUCAAUUUGAGAUAUCUUAACCUGACAAGAACUCAAGUGAAAGAGCUUCCGAAAUCCAUCGGCAAGCUUUACAAUUUACAGUCUCUAAUUAUGAAAGAGACUCAAAUAAAAGAGCUUCCUUCAGGAAUUGUGAAGCUGAAAAAUCUUCGAUAUCUUGUUGCUUAUGGUUACAAUGCAGAAAAACCAACCGCAUUUGACUAUUGGUUUGGCCCAGUAGUUCCGUCCAACAUUUGUUUACUAGACAACUUACAAGUUUUGAUGGCUGUGGAAUCAAGAGGUGAUUUCAUCAAACAACUCAGCAAAUUGACUCAAGUGAGAGACCUUGACGUUAUUAAUUUGAAGGAAACUGAUGAGGAAAACUUGUGCUUAGCCAUUGCAAAAAUGAUACACCUUCGAUCCUUAGGGGUGAAGUUAUGUAAUGAAGAUGAGCAACUGAAGAUGGAUGCACUUGAAUCAGCUCCCCCUGCUCUUGAGAAACUUGUAUUAGUUGGGAAAUUGGAGAAGGUACCGCACUGGUUUAACUCGCUCAACAGCCUCAGGCGAUUGUCUCUAGGCGAGUCUAGAUUGAGGGAUGAUUUUCUCCCUCACAUCCAAGCAUUGCCUAAUCUUGGAGAACUCGGACUACUAAAUGCAUAUUUGGGAGAUCGAUUAUGCUUCCUAGAAGGAUUCCAAAAGCUUAAGGUUUUAACAAUUGAGAGAUGCCCUGGAUUGAAAGAAAUUGUGAUCAAUAAAGGAGUUAUGCAAGUCUGCAAGAGCCGUCUAUCAUUGGUUGCCCAAGCGUUAUUCAUUCAUUCAAUUGAUUUCACUCUACCAAACUGCCUGUAAAUGUGUUCCUUUUCUAUUUCAGGUUAUAUUGUGAAGCAAAACAUGGUUGAUGAUUCCAGAGCCUUUGUUCAGUUGAUGUUAUUGCAGAAAAAACUCAUACUCUACAA